CAUAUAAGUUCUUGAUUUUCCACUCUUUGGUUUGAAAAAUGCAAGCAGGAAAUAAUGCAAUGGCUUCAGCCAAAGAAGCGGUUGGAAACAUUGCUGCCUCUGCCAAGUCAGGCAUGGACAAGACCAAGGCCAUCGCACAAGAAAAGUUGGAAAAGAUGAAAGCUCAGGACCCAGUAGAGAAGGAUAUGGCGGAGGAAAGGAAAGAAGAGAAGAUCCGUGAGGCAGAAGCCAACAAGCAGCAGACACGUCAGCAGAACGCGGCAGAGAAGGAGGCCGCACUUGCCGGCGGAGUUGCAGGUCACCCAGCUGGUAAGGGGAGCGGUUUGACCAUUCACCACCACGGGCACGCGGCUGGUGGGACCCCAUAACUCUCGGCUGGGCCACAUCCGCCCGGUUGGUGACGGAGACUGAUCCAGACCCUGUUGACGGGGCCCACAGUUGUGUGUUUGAAUUGCACGGGUUGAUGCGUUUUGUUUUGUUUUUAUUUUAUUUUAUUUUAUUUGAUAGAUCAUAUGGGUGAUAGGUCUAACAUCCUGUACCUAUCUUGUAUUAAAGAAUGUGGGGCUCUGCUCUUCCACGCUGCAA